CGGGCAAGGACUUUGUAAGUAUUGUACAGUUGACUGCCAGGCUGGGUAAACCUUUGUGAGCUUUGAAUGAAAGUGAACUGAAGGCAGUAGGAUUUUGUUUCACAACUCCGACUUAAAAAGGGAAUACACAUGCUUGCUAGUAAACAAUUCUAUCUUGACAAGUUCCUUCAUCCCAACCACAAUACCGCAUACUCUCCCGUAACCUAGAUACUUCAAAUCAGCAAUGGAUGUUGUCUCGACUUACAGCGUCGCCAGCCUCGCCUGGCUCAGCGCCCAGGCGCUCCCGCUCAUCGUCUGGCCCUCUCUCGUCAGCACCCUGUUGCGAGCAGACACCACCAACGCCCCUUACGGCGGGGCACCCGCUGCCUCCCUAGAAGGAUACUUUGCCCGCUCCCUCGGUCUUUCACAGCUCGCGCUGGGCCUGCUACUGCUCGUGCUCUCCGGCGCCCUCCCGCUCGAUUCCAUGGUCGAAGACCCACCCACCACCACCCACAACAAAUCAAACGGAACGACCCCGCCGUCGCCCUACGCAAACGCGGCCGUGCUCAUCUCAGCACUCUACCACGCCGCCUCGGCCUUUUACGCCUACACGCGCUACUACUCGACGGGCGGCCGGGCCGUCGCAUACCUUUUUGGCUGUGUGGGCGCGAGCGUGCUGGCCACGUUUGGGCUGUGGGUGCUCCUGUUUGCGGGCGAGAGCCAGAGGCGGGUGCGGGUGAGCCGGCGGACCGGGGCCGACAAGGACACGAGCGGGUGGCCGUUCCGGAACGUGGUGGCUGAUAGGAAGAGGAGGUGAGAAAAAGGGGAUGGUGGCAGGCUGAGUGGAAUUGGGGGCUUUUGUUCGGGAUUGGGUGUUGAUGUUAGGCUGUAGGUAAGCGGGAAUUGUAUGUAGAACAUAUUCCUUUUUGGUUGUCUGGCAUGGGGAGAUGGUUGGUUGGAUUUGGGAGUGUUUCAGUUAUGGUGGUUAUGCCUGUGAAUGGAAGGGUUAUUUGGGGCUAGCCAAAUUCUGAACGCCGAGUCUCCAGCUUGGAGUCGUUUCGCUGUCAUGAUUCAGGAGAGCGGGCGAGUAUGCACCGUUAUGGCGCUUUAAU